GGCGCCCCUGGAGAGAGGACGGGGCCGGCGGGUGGCGCGGGGAGAAGAGGAAACCGCAAGGGGGAAGAAGCAGCAGCAGCAGAAGGCGGCGAGAAAGAAAGAGAAGCGGGGCGGCUGUAAUGAAGGAAUCCGACCCGCGUGCAUGUGUGUGUGUGUGUGUGUUUAUGUAAGCACACCGUGUGCAAGCCGCGUUACACGGGAAGGGAACGAGCUGCUCGCAGAUCUCCCCGGUCAUUGGAGAGGAGCGAGGCCGAUGGGUUAGCCAGCCUCUGGGGUGUGUGUGUCGUGGUGGGGACGACACUCUGGUUUUCGGGAUGCUAAAACAAGGGGACGGAAGAAGGACGGGCGAAAAUCCGCCUGUGCUCCAGGACAUGGAGGCCAAGACGGCGUUUCUCUGCGCGCGAAGUUGUUUGUCAUAAAGGAGGGGAACGGGAAGCGUGGCGGCGGCGGCGGUGGUGGGAGAGAUUACGGAGGAGCCCCCUUCUCCCCCCGCUCUGAAGGACACGAUCCGCCGUCUAAGCGCGCCGAAUGGCUCUCCGAUCCACAGGAGCGUCCAAGUUCCGAAGAAUCAGACGGCGUGGGGGGGGGGAGGCGAUUUCCCACCAUAUGUUCAGGCAGAGCUUCUUUGGUAGAGAACACUCGUUUUCGUCAUGCGGGAGGAAACUCUGGGAGUCGCUGUGCCGGAGCUCGGUGCGGUGACUGUCGCCUCCCCUUCGGCAGCAAAUAAACAGGUUUCCACUCGUUUGGUACAUGCUGGUAGGAUACGCGUAAAGAGAUCAUCCAGGAAUGGUGGAUCACUUGCUUCCUGUGGAUGCAUCUUUCUCAUCCACCAGGCCCUCAAUUGGAUACUUUGGGGACAUGACAGCUAUUGGGAGGUCAUACCAAAUGCUGCCUUCCCCAGUGUCUGAAGAUGACAGUGAUUCCUCAAGUUUUUGUUCUUGUUCGAGCCCAGAUUCCCAGGUUCUAAGCUCCAGCUAUGGGAGUUCAUCAAGUGCUGAGAAUCAGGACAGCAUCCUGGACUACUUGUUGUCCCAGGCAUCUCUGGGGAAUGGCCAUGCUUCUUGGUGGGAUAAAAGGAGACUUCAACCCAUUGUGAAGGAGGAGAAUUUUAGAAUUCCAGAGUUCACAGUGGAGAUGGAAGAUUCCGGACCAUUCCAGCCUACCCUUGAGGAAAUAGAGGAGUUUUUGGAAGAAAACAUGGAGAUGGAUCUCAAAGAAGGACCUAAGAGUGAGACCAAAGACAUGAGAGCUUGCAGCCAAAUCACUGUAGCUUCCAUACAGCAAAAAGACCAGAUGGUACCAAGUGUUACUUUAAAAGACAGUAAAAAUGAACAAUCAAAUGGUGCAAUGGAAGGCAGCCAUACAUCUAACGGAGCAGUGUCCCUUGAUGGAGGUAUACCAGUCAUGCUCCAGAUCCAGCCAGUUCAAGUUAAGCAACCGUCAGAUGUGAGCCCUAGUUCACAAGGAUCAGUGCAAGAAAACAUUAAAAUUGCACAGCUCUUGGUCAACAUCCAAGGGCAAACUUUUGCACUGGUGCCACAACUUGUCCAAUCAUCCAAUUUGAACUCAUCUUCCAAAUUUGUCCGCAUAGCUCCAGUUCCGAUAGCUGCAAAACCUAUUGGUCCAGGAGGUACAAUCCAGGGUCAAACUGGAGUCAUCAUGGGUCAAAAGUUUCAAAAGAAUCCUGCAGCAGAACUCAUUAAAAUGCACAAAUGUACUUUUCCUGGAUGUACCAAGAUGUACACUAAAAGCAGCCAUUUGAAAGCCCAUCUAAGAAGGCACACAGGGGAAAAACCCUUUGCAUGUACUUGGCCUGGCUGUGGAUGGAGGUUCUCACGAUCAGAUGAACUUUCUCGACAUCGACGUUCCCACUCGGGAGUGAAACCAUAUCAGUGCCCUGUGUGUGAGAAGAAGUUUGCACGGAGUGACCAUCUGUCCAAGCAUGUCAAAGUCCAUCGAUUUCCGCGAAGCAGCCGCUCAGUGCGCUCCGUCAAUUGAUGUGUCCGGUCCGGUCCUUCCCAUCAUGCCUCUAAGAACUGCCACAAGCAGCAUUUGUUCCUUUCUUGUGAUAAUUUAUUUCUCUCCAUGUAACCGCUGCCAUUAGGACAUCACAUGUGCCUUCCUCACCCCCAUCAUUCACCAACUUUGCUAUUUUUUUUCUAAUUCUUUAUGUUGCUGCCGCUGCCACUUUUUUUUUUGAAAAUUACAGCAUUUCAUUUUCAGUCAAUUGAGCUCCAACAUCAUGAUAAUAUAUGGACAACUUGCUGCUAGUUAAUUACAGUUCUGGCAUUCCUGAGCGCUUUUGCUCAUGUACAGGGCUAUUCAUCAUGAGGUUGUUUUAAAAAUGCAUAAUUCAUAUUAUUAAGUUGGCCUAUUUGUCCGCUUUGGAAAGAGCAAUGUCCUUUUGAAAUGGAAAAGAAAUCCGCUUCAUUUUCAUGAGUUCGUUUUUGUUGAUGCAAUGACUUGGUGUUGGGCUCACUAGUUAGAUCUCCAUUGGUGCUCUCAAAGGAGACUGAACAGAAGAAACAUGUCAGCAAUAUGUGUAUUUGUGUGACUGAGUGUGUCUGUGUAUAGAAAGAAGGGAUUGCUAAUAGGAGGAUCUUUGAUUAGACUAAGCAAUAAACCAGUGUAUGAAAUGAUCAUUCUAGUCUGAAUAAAUCCUAGAUUUUUCCAGAUUGAGUGCAUACCGUAUCUGAGCCUAUCAGUUGCUGCCAUUUGCAGACUUACCAGCUCUCUCUUUUGAGAAGAUGCUUCAUUGGAUCUGGCAGACUCCACUCUCCCUUGUUCUUAGUCCCAUGCAAAGAUUAGUAUGUUUGAAAAUGCCUGUUACAGUAUAUCUCAUGUGGCUGGAGGAGAUAAAUAAAUUAGGAUAAGGCAUCCGUGCCUUUUCACCCAAUCACCUGUUUCCAAAAUAUAAUAACCUUUAGUCAUUCAGCCCAGAGAUAUGGCUUUGCAUGGGUUGCCCCACAAUUUAGGCACAAGCCUUCUUUAGGUUGUAUAAAAACUAUGGUAAAUUUCAGAGAAGUAUCCUGUUGCCCGGGAUACUCCAUUUUGCACUGUUUAGAUUCAUAACCUCUGGAUUGGAUACACAGAAGGGGCUAAAAUUGGUUCUUCUCAACUUGGACAAGUGGAUAAGUGGAUUUGUCUUGCAGAAUUCCCCAAACAUCACAGUCAAGUUGGAGAAAACCAAGCUAAAGCAAUUCUCUCACUGUACUAACUAGAAUCUGAUAACAUUCUAAACAAUUAAGCUUGCAUAAUUAAAGAC